GAGACUUCUUCUGAAACUCUUGGCGUUUCUCAGUGUCCGCAUUUGACUGAAUCGCAGCAGAUGCAGGGAGCGGCAAUGUUUGUGGAGUAAAAGGAGUUGAUGCAGAGCGCAAUGGCAGCGCUGGACCUGUAUUCAAAGUGUUCUCGAGUCUGGAUCCCAGACACCACAGAGGUGUGGAGAUCAGCAGAUCUCACCGCAGACUACAGCCCUGGAGAUACUGUUCUGCAUCUAGAGCUGGAAGAUGGCACGGAGUUGGAAUAUAAGCUGGACCCAAAGAACGUUGUCCUACCUCCUCUCCGUAACCCAGACAUCCUGGUGGGCGAGAAUGACCUCACGGCUCUCAGCUAUCUCCAUGAACCGGCUGUGCUGCACAACCUCCGGGUCCGAUUCACAGACUCCAAGCUUAUCUACACAUACUGCGGCAUCAUCCUGGUCGCUAUCAAUCCUUAUGAAAGUCUUCAGAUCUAUGGAGCUGACAUCAUCAAUGCAUACAGUGGGCAGAAUAUGGGUGAUAUGGACCCUCAUAUAUUUGCUGUGGCAGAGGAGGCCUAUAAACAGAUGGCCAGAGAUGAGAAGAAUCAGUCCAUCAUCGUAAGUGGGGAAUCUGGAGCGGGGAAGACCGUGUCUGCUAAAUAUGCCAUGCGUUACUUCGCUACGGUCAGCUCCUCUGCAGAGGCCAGUGUGGAAGAAAAAGUGCUGGCGUCCAGCCCCAUCAUGGAGGCGAUAGGAAAUGCUAAGACAACAAGAAAUGACAACAGCAGUCGAUUUGGGAAGUACAUCGAGAUUGGAUUCGACAGGAAGCACCACAUCAUUGGGGCCAACAUGAGGACGUACCUUCUGGAAAAGUCAAGAGUGGUGUUCCAGGCUAGUGAGGAAAGAAACUAUCAUAUCUUCUAUCAGCUCUGUGUCUGCGCCCAUUUGCCUGAGUUUGAACAUUUGAAGUUAGGUAGCGCGGAUGACUUUCCCUACACUAAUCAAGGCAGAAGCCCUCUCAUAGAGGGAGUGAAUGACCUGAGGGAGAUGCAGGCCACUAGGAAAGCCUUUUCACUUUUGGGAAUCACUGAGACACACCAAAUGGGUUUAUUCCAAAUCUUGUCUGCUAUUCUUCAUCUGGGGAAUGUGGAAGUGAAGGAAAGGGGAUCAUCCAGCUGUGCCAUCUCUGAUGAAAAUGGCCACUUGGCAGUUUUCUGUGACCUCACUGAGGUGUCGUAUGAGUCCAUGGCUCACUGGUUGUGCCAUAAAAAGCUCAAGACUGCCACGGAAACCUUGAACAAGCCAGUAACCAGAAUGGAGGCUGUGAAUGGCCGUGAUGCUCUCUCAAAGCACAUUUAUGCCAAACUCUUCUCGUGGAUCGUCGGGCAGGUCAACAAAGCCCUGAGCACUUCCUCCAAACCACACUCGUUUAUCGGUGUCCUAGACAUCUAUGGGUUUGAGACGUUCGAAGUGAACAGCUUUGAACAAUUCUGCAUCAAUUAUGCCAACGAGAAGCUCCAGCAGCAGUUUAACAUGCACGUCUUCAAACUGGAGCAAGAAGAGUAUAUGAAGGAGCAGAUUCCAUGGACGCUCAUUGAUUUUUACGACAACCAACCCUGCAUCAACCUGAUCGAAGCCAAGAUGGGCUUGCUAGAUCUUUUAGACGAAGAAUGCACUAUGCCAAAAGGUUCUGAUGACUCUUGGGCACAAAAGCUGUAUAACACUCACCUGAAGAAAAGCGCUCACUUUGAGAAACCACGUAUGUCUAAUAAAGCUUUCAUCAUCCAGCACUUUGCAGACAAGGUUGAAUACCAGUGUGAUGGAUUUCUGGAGAAAAAUAAAGACACAGUCAAUGAAGAACAAAUUAAUGUCCUGAAGGCUAGCAAGGGACUUCAAAGUAACUUAGUUCUUCUAACCACCAUGGCUUUAGAGAUACACUGCCAUCUGCUGUUCAGUUUUUUAACCUUAGGCUUUCCUGUUUACCCACAGUUCACCUUGCUUGCCGAGCUCUUCCAGGAUGAGGAAACACCCACAGCUCCGAGCACUACGGCACCAUCUGGUCGAGCAAAGUUUGGACGGACCACUCAGUCUUUUAGGGAGCACAAGAAAUCGGUUGGACUACAGUUCCGGAACUCUCUACACCUGCUCAUGGACACGUUGAACGCCACCACCCCACACUAUGUGCGCUGCAUCAAACCAAAUGACCUUAAAGCCCCAUUCAUGAUGGACCCCCACCGGGCCGUUCAGCAGCUCAGAGCAUGUGGAGUCCUUGAAACCAUUCGUAUCUCAGCUGCAGGUUUCCCUUCCAGGUGGACUUAUCAAGAGUUCUUCAGCCGCUAUCGUGUUCUUAUGAAGCAGAAAGAUAUCCUCUCAGACAGGAAGUUGACAUGCCAGAGUGUGCUUGAACGGCUUGUGCAGGACAAGGAUAAAUACCAAUUCGGAAAAUCUAAGAUCUUCUUCCGGGCUGGGCAGGUGGCAUAUCUGGAAAAGCUGAGGGCAGACAAACUUCGUAAAGCUUGCAUCCACAUCCAGAAAACUAUUCGGUGCUGGGUCGCCCGCAAGAAGUACUUACGUAUUCGCCAGGCAGCCAUUACAAUACAGAGAUAUGUGAGAGGACACCAGGCUCGAUGCUUGUGCCAUACCCUGAGAAGGACACGGGCCGCAGUGAUCUUUCAGAAGAACAUACGCAUGUGGGCGACUAGACGACAGUACCAGCGACAGAAAGCAGCUGCGAUUCUCAUUCAGAGGUUACUGCGCGGCUAUGCAGCCAGACUGGAGUACAAGCAGUUGGUGUGCGAGCGCAAGGCUUUACUGAUCCAGCGAUGGGUACGUGGCUUCCUGGCCCGUUGGCGUUUCCGUCGCAUCAAGCGGGCAGUGGUGUACCUGCAGUGUUGUGUUCGCAGGAUGCUAGCUCGCCGAGAGCUCAAGAAACUCAAGAUAGAAGCCAGAUCGGUCGAGCACUACAAGAAACUCAACGUCGGCAUGGAGAACAAGAUCAUGCAGCUUCAGAGAAAGCUGGAUGAGCAGCAUAAGGAGAACCGAGAGCUUUCCGAGCGAAUAAGUGAAGUGGAGACCCAUAAUGCUGCUGAGUUGGAAAAGUUGAACCUGCAGCUCAAGACACUUCAGGGGUCAGAAGAAGAAGCUCGUCAACGUACAGACCAGGUGACAUCAUUGCAGGAAGAAUUGGAGUUGGUCCGUCAAGAGUUGGAGAGGAACAAAGAGAUGGUGGCUGAGCUAAAUGAGAGGAACACACUGCUGAAGAGUGAGAAAGAUGAAAUGAACAGGCUAAUCCAGGAACAGGAGAAGCAAAUAAUUGAAAAGUUGGAGUCGACCCAUCAAGCCUUCACUGAGCACCUUCAAGCACAACUGAACGAGGAACACUUCCGUUACCAAAACCUUUUGACGGAGCACCUGAAACUGGAGGAGCAUUACGCUGAUCUGAAGUCAGAAAAAGAGGCGGCUGAAGAGUUUUCCAAACCUGCUCAUAACAGAGCAGAUUCUGGCUAUAGCAGCAGCCAAUCAGAGAGCAUCCAUAGCUCUGAGCUUACAGGGUCAGAGGUCAGCUCAUUGGGAAGACAGGAUGCGGGUCAGAUGGCAGCAGAUGUGUCCCUGCUGCUGAAACUACAGAGGAGAGUCUCUGAGCUGGAGAAAGAAAAGAUGGACCUGCAAAGCGAGAUGGACACCAAAGAAGAACAAUUACAACAGGAACGUACCAAGGAACUGGAGGAGUGUCAGAGAGUGUUAGUGGCUGAAAGAGACUAUGAGGCUCUGAAGCGUCAAGAACUGGAGUCUGACAACAAGAAACUGAAGAAAGAUCUCCAGGAGCUCCGUCAGUCUCUCAGUAAGGGAGCGGGGUCAAAGGUCACGUCCCCUGGAGGUCAGGCCUAUAACGUGCUCCUCGAGCAGCUCAACUCCACCAAUGAAGAGCUCGAUGUGCGAAAGGAGGAAGUGCUUAUUCUUCGAUCUCAGCUGGUCAGCCAGAAGGUAUUCAAACAUAAGGAAACGGCGACUGAAGGAGACUCGAAUGACUCCAGCAGAUCCCCCACAUUUCAUGAUCUUCAUGAGCUCAAUGAGGAUGGAGAACUCUGGAUGGCUUAUGAAAGCCUGAAAGAAACAAACAGGUUGCUGGUGUCACAGUUACAAACUCAGGGUCAGUCGCAUGAAAAGGAGGUGGAGGGUAUGAAGGCGGAGCUACAGCAGUUAAGGGCGGAGCUUGAUCAGCAGCAGCAGAUGUUUUCGGACAGUCUGGAGCUUCCACAGGAUGCUCGAAUACAAGCGAGCCUACAGCACGAGAUCAGUCGCCUCACGCAACAAAAUUUGGAUCUUUUGGAGCAGAUGGGCAAACAGGACAAGAUGAUCCGUAAACUAAAGAAACACCUGAAAAUCUAUGUGAAAAAGUUUGGGGAGCCUGAAGCAGGUGUUCAUAUUGAACAGUCCACUCCAGAGAACAUGAUUGAUGAGAGCGGACGAACGGUCAGUAUCGCUCGUAAAGAGAGGGACUUCCAGGGUAUGCUGGAGUACAGAAGAGAGGACGAGAGCAAACUGCUCAAGAUACUCAUCAUAGAGCUCAAACCGCGAGGUGUAGCGGUGAAUUUGAUCCCAGGCCUGCCUGCCUAUAUUCUCUUCAUGUGUCUGCGGCACGCCGACUACGCCAACGAUGACCAGCGGGUCUCCACUCUUCUGAACUCCUCUAUCAACGCCAUCAAGAAUGUUCUGAAGAAAAAGGGAGAUUUUGAAACCAUUUCAUUCUGGUUGGCGAACACCUGUCGCUUCUUACAUUGCCUUAGGCAGUACAGUGGAGAAGAGGCAUACACAAAGCAUAACACUCCUCGGCAAAACAAGCACUGUCUGACAAACUUCGACCUGUCUGAGUACCGUCAGGUUUUGAGUGAUCUGGCGAUUCAAAUCUACCAGCAGCUCAUCAGGGUCAUAGAGAACAUUCUACAUCCCAUGAUUGCCCCAGCCAUGUUGGAGCAAGAGACCAUCCAGGGUGUGAUGGGUGUUAAGCCCACAGGAAUGAGGAAGCGGACUACCAGUUUCCCUGAGGAGACCUCCUAUACGCUAGAGUCCAUUUUAAAACAGCUGGAUGGAUUCUACUACACUCUGCUUCAGCAUGGCAAUGACACUGAGCUGGUGCGACAGUUCAUCAAACAGCAGUUCUAUGUCAUCUGCUCUGUCACACUAAACAACUUGCUGCUUCGCAAGGACAUGUGCUCCUGGAGUAAAGGCCUGCAGAUCAGAUAUAAUGUCUGUCAGUUGGAGGAGUGGUUGUUGGAUAAGGAACUUCAGGGCAGUGGGGCACGUGAGAGUCUGGAGCCUCUGAUACAGGCAGCUCAACUUCUGCAGAUCAAGAAGAAGAGCCAGGACGACGCAGAUGCCAUCUGUACCAUGUGCACUGCACUCACAAAUGAACAGAUUGUGAAAAUUCUCAGCUUGUACACACCAGUGAAUGAGUUUGAGGAGAGAGUAUCUAUAUCAUUCAUAAAGUCCAUACAGACUUUAUUAAAGGAUCGUAAGGAGUCUUCUCAGUUACUGAUGGACGCCAAGAUCAUUUUCCCCGUCACUUUCCCCUUCAGCCCUUCAACUGUGGCUCUCGAGACCAUUCAGCUCCCCAGCAGCCUCAAUCUGAGCUUCCUCACACGGGUUUAAAAAGAGACCAGUGAUGAUGUCAUAAUGGAAUCUAUGGACAAAACUCAAAUGGAGUUGCUUUGAAAUAAACCAAAGGCUUUCGCUGUUGUGACCUCACCCUCUAGAAUUAUUAGAAUGUUUACACUUCCUGUAAUGCUGUAAAGGAUUUCGCUUAGAGAUGAACUUUAAACACAUUUCACUGUUUGCAUUUGCUGGUGUAUGGAAUGAUUUGGGGGGAGCGUGGCCUGAAAGGAAAAGUGUGCUUGACUGGAUGAAAUAUUAUUCUGAAGCAUAUUAAAGGAGAGUAUCCACUUGUA